GUGAAGCCAUGAAGUUUCCUUAGCAGAAUACUAUUAUUAUAUAGAUGAGACUCUCUCUCGCUCUUCGUCUCCAUUAUCUGUGAAUCGUCUUCUCCUCUUUCUCCACACUGAGUCACUGGUGGCCGUUUCCUCUCUGCAACGCUCAGAUCAUCUCUCUCUUUCUGUUUCUCUGUCUGUCUGUGGAGAUGUAUUCGAGUCAGUCGCAGAUGGGGAGCGGCUUGAUGCGGUAUAGGUCCGCGCCGAGCUCGUUUCUGGAGAGCCUGGUGAGCGGAUCGGCCAACGAAUUCCACGGCCCGGCGGCGGUGAACCUGAUGGGCAAGUACUUCCCCGUGGAUUCCUCCUGCCUGACGUCGGAGUCGAGCUGUCGGAUGACCGCCUCGCCGUCUGCUGCCACGCCUCCGGAUCUCGAGGAGGCCGGGCCCCCAAGGUCGGAGGCCCAGCAGUCCCGGCCGCCGGCGCCGCCCCCACCACCCUCAAUGGAGGAGGCUCUGAAGAAGGGCCAGGCCGGAUGCGGUCGAAGCAAUCCGUUCUGCGACUCGGAGACCGUGUUUCACGUCAGCGGCGGCGGCGGUGGUGGAGCUGACGGUGGCAGCGGGGGCGGUACGGCAGGUGGGUUCUCCUUGUUGGGGCACGCGGCUAUGGGGAGUUUUCCGGCGGCGAGUAAUUUCAAGAGCUCGCUCACGAGGCACAGUAGUUCUCCUGCUGGCUUCUUGUCCAGUCUUCACCUGGAUAAUGGGUAUCCUUUGGGCGCUGGUGUUGGAGGUUUCAACUUGGACAGCUGCUCCGGUGGGCAGCACGGUGUUGCACACAGGAGGCUGAAGCCUCAGUUGAGCUUUUCCAGACAGGAUUCCGGCAAAGGCCUCCUGUCUCAGUUAUCAGAUAUGAGCAUGCCAGAGGUUGGUGAAAGCAUUACCGGCAACAACAGCAGCUCCGACGACUCUGCAAACGUCACCAAGUCUUACAUCUCCAAUGGCUUCCCAAUGGGCACCACCUGGGACGAUUCACACCCCAACACCGUCGUCUUUGGCUCUGCCUCAAGGAAACGCACCAGAGACUUGAGCGGAGAAAUCAUUCAUGGCCUCAACGAUCCACAGUUUGGCCUAGGGAAUGCAUCUCUGGACAUGGCUUCCAUGGAGAAACUUCUGCAAAUUCAACAAGAUUCCGUCCCAUGCAAGAUUCGUGCAAAGCGUGGUUGUGCCACUCAUCCACGAAGCAUUGCUGAGAGGGAAAGAAGAACAAGAAUAAGUGAAAAGCUGAGGAAGCUACAGGAGCUUGUUCCGAACAUGGAUAAGCAAACAAACACAGCAGACAUGUUGGAUUUGGCAGUUCAAUACAUUAAGACCCUUCAGAAUGAUGUUCAGAAACUUACACAAGAAAGUGCUAACUGCACUUGCUCAAGCAAGCAGGAAACAAAGUUGUAGAUGUGAACAGCAAGACGAUGAAAGUUGAGCUCAUUACUGAGGUGGGCAGUUGGACUAGUUGAUCGUAUAGGAAUGAGAUGUGGAUCUGAAGCGCUAGUAACUGAGUUCAUGUGUGUACAUAAAUGAAUCUGAUCUUGCUUUUCAAUUCGGGCAGUUUUUCUAGGAAUUUUGACUGCAGAAGUAGAAACUAUGGGACAUGAUCUACCACAAGUGCAUCCCACCCAAAAGUGCACUUAUUUUACUUCACUAGGUACCAUAUCUGUUGUGUAGAAAGCUACUUGUGUGGUAGGUUAUGGCUCCAUCAAUGCCGAUCAUCACAUUGAAUUGUAAGUGGAUUCUGCUCAGUGACUCUCAGAGAACUAACUUGUAGUCACACUUGGAUCACGGGCCAUGUACAAGUUGCAAAAGGGAGAGUUCAUGCAAAAUGAAAUUGAACUCAGUGGUGGAUCUUGAGAUAUGUGCAAGUAGCUAAGCUUGAAGCUUGUUUCAGAUUUUCGUAUAGAUGUAACUUAAAUCAUUUGGAUAGUGUAUCAAUGGGCUCAAAUGCUGGAGCAUGCAUUAGAUUCUUGUUGUGUUAAAUUUCAAGUGCAUGUCAAGCUACUUAAA